UUCGGGUGGUUUACCACGAGCAGUGACUAUUGUACGUAUGUCUCCUCCCUUCAGGACCACCACCCGCCUUGUGUUCGCCAUCGGUUGAUUGAGUUGCCAUCAGCCUCAGACAUUGGAUGAUGGAAUCAGCUGUUGAAGGUGGAUUGAACGUAACCCUCAGCCUGCGGCUCUUGAUGCACGGCAAGGAGGUGGGGAGCAUCAUCGGAAAGAAAGGAGAGACGGUGAAGAAGAUGCGAGAGGAGAGUGGAGCCCGCAUCAAUAUCUCUGAAGGGAACUGUCCCGAGCGUAUCGUCACACUGUCUGGACCCACCAGUGCCAUUUUCAAGGCGUUCUCGAUGAUCACGCACAAACUGGAGGAGGACAUCAAUAGCGCCAUGGUGAACAGCACAGCCUCCAGCCAGCCACCUGUCACUCUGCGGAUCGUGAUCCCUGCUAGUCAGUGUGGCUCCCUCAUCGGGAAAGGAGGCUGCAAGAUCAAGGAGAUUCGAGAGUCCACAGGAGCGCAGGUGCAAGUGGCUGGAGACAUGCUGCCGAACUCGACAGAGAGAGCCAUCACCAUCGCUGGGACACCUUCGUCCAUCAUUGAGUGUGCCAAGCAGAUCUGUGUGGUCAUUCUCGAGGUAGCGGGAAAUUUUCAAGUGUGCGAGAGAUGGACAGGAGGGGGGUGGUGGUGA